AUGUCAAUCUUCAAAAAGAUCUUGCCAGCUCUUCUCCUUCUCCCAGCUCUUGGGUUUGUGUCUGCCUACCCAAGUCCGGUCGCUACGCCCCAGUCCUCGGACGACACUGAUCAAAUCACCUGCUUUGAGCAGGGAAGCGGAUUGGUCACCGCUCAACAAGCCAACGAUCUCGUCAAUGAAUUCAACCGCCUGAUCUGCCAAUCCAACCCGAACGCACCCUUAACUCUCAACCCGUUUGAGGGGGUUUCGGUCGAUGAUUCAUCCGGAACAAUCAUCUUUCAGAAUACCUUGAAUAUGGUAGCAGCACCACCUAACUGUGGUGAGGUUGUGGGCGACUUUCAGAAGCUAUUGGCUCAGUGCUUCACCGGUUACGGUAGCUAUGGUGGCGUCUUGAUCGAGACUGCUGGCGGUGGGAACACCCAGUAUGUUAUCAAAUCGCCAUGA